AUGGCUCCUCUCAAGCUGUAUACGUUCUCGCACAACAGAAAUGCGUACAAGGCGUUGAUCGCGGCCGAGUAUACCGGGACCAAGGUCGAGAUCCCCGCAUUCGAGUUCGGCAAGACCAACAAGUCCAAGGAGUUCCUCGCCUGGAACCCCAUCGGCAAGGUGCCAGUUCUGCAGACCCCCGACGGUCCCAUCUUUGAGAGCAACGCCAUUGCCAAAUACGUCGCCAAGUCAUCCGAUAAAGGACUCACGGGCACCUCGGUCUACGAAACGGCGUUGGUCGACCAAUGGAUCGACUUCACAACCAACGAGAUCGACGCGCACCUCUGGAGGUGGUUCGCCCCCUACUACGGCUACGGCACUCAGAACCAGGAGGUGGAGGACAAGGCCAAGGAGGCGUGCAAACGCGGCCUCGCGUCGCUCAACUCGCACCUUGAGUCGAACACUUACCUCGUCGGUAACCGGGUUACCCUCGCUGACAUCGUCGCCGUUUCGCAGCUGUGGACCGGGUACAUCACGAUGUUUACCCUCGAAUUCAUGAAGGAGUUUCCCCACGUGGACCGGUACUGGAACACGCUGAUCAACCAGCCCAAGGUCAAGAAGGUCAUCGGGGAGGUGCAGCAGGCGCAGGCGCAGCCCACGGGGGUGACCACGUGGUUCGAAGGGCCAAUUGGAAAGCUCCAGGCCGCCGCUGCUCCCAAGGCCGCUCCCGCCACUGCUGCCAAGCCCGCGGAGGCAGCUGCGGACGGCGAGGCGGAGGCGCCGAAGCCCAAGGCGAAGAACCCGCUGGACCUGCUGCCGACCAGCCCCAUGGUUCUGGACGCGUGGAAGCGGCUCUACUCCAACACCAAGGCCAAGGACUUCCGUGAAGUCGCCAUCAAGGGCUUCUGGGACAUGUACGAUCCUGAGGGCUAUUCCCUGUGGUUCUGUGACUACAAGUACAAUGAGGAGAACACGGUGCGGUUCGUGACGCUGAACAAGGUGUCGGGCUUCCUGCAGCGCAUGGACCUUGCACGCAAGUACGCCUUCGCCAAGAUGUGCAUCCUGGGCCCGGAUGCCGGCCCGUUUGUGAUCAAGGGCGUGUGGCUCUUCCGCGGUGCCGACGUGCCGCAGUUUGUGAUGGACGAGUGCUACGACUGCGAGCUGUAUGAGUGGACCAAGGUCGACCUUUCUGAUGCUGCCCAGAAGGAGUGUGUUAGCCAAUACUUUGAGGAGCCCGAUGAAAUUGACGGGCUUGUGCUGCAGGAGGCCAAGGAGCAGCAGGUGUGGGACUGGCUAGUGGAUGCAGGCAUGAGUGGAACCUCUGCUUCUCCCCUCCCCUCUUCCUCCUUUUCCCCCGCUUCCCCUCUCCGGUCCUCCUCUCCACCACCGUUCUCCACCCCUUCCCACCGGCACACACACAUGGACGCCACUGCACCGUUCUUAACCACCCCUCAACGUUACACCCUCCCUUCUUCUCUCUCCACACCUCCUCCCUCCACAGGCCACCUAGACCUCUAUAAUCCCUCCUUCACCUUCCCUCGCUACUCCCUUCCCUUCGAUACAGUCACAUUGGAUGCAGUCACAUCGGACAACGCCCCAUCCUCUCCCCUCUUAGUCCACCCUAGGUUAACGCCUAGCCCCUCUCGAGCCGCCAUAAUGGGGAAAAAGGGAGAGGUGGAGAGAUUAAAGCCCAUGUUGCCCGAGGAGGAGGAGGAGGGCUUUAAGAGCCUGGGGGUGCUGCAGUGGAGGGACUCGUGGCGCGAUGGGAUUCGCCAGUGGUUUUCACAGCACCUGCUGAAGGCGCUGGUGAAGAAGAUCGAGGCGGCGCCUAGCAAGCAACGGGGGUGGGAUGGGGCUGGUAGGAAGGAAUUCGCCAGUGGUUUUUUGCAGCACCUGCUGAAGGCGCUAGUGAAGAAGACUGAGGCGGCGCCAAGCAAGGGUCCAUCUUCGGCCUGCACCAGCCAUGUUCCAAGGCAGCUCAAUCUAUCUCUACUGAGGGCCUUUGUUCCUCUACUUCCUCACUUCCCCUCCUUCUCACCAGCGCCACCUGCAGGGUCCAUAUUCGGCCUACACCAGCCUCAGCAGCAGCAACAACAGCAGCAGCUGGAGGCACAGAAGGAAGCUGCGAGGAACCUUCUGGCAGCCAUAGCGGACUAUGAGCAUCUUAGGGACGUCCUUAGAGGGCACUGGGCCAAGGGGCUGCUGCCACGUGGCAGCAUGCCAUUGGAGUACAGCACUCAACGGAUCAAAGCCCUAGCAGCUGGGUCCUGUCUGCGCUGCUUCCAAUGCUCGCCUGCUCCAUCAUCCCCCUCCUCUUUCUCCGCCUAUCAGCCCUCCUCUGUUUCAUACUCGUUACAAGCUGCUCCAGAGGGAGCGUUCCUCGUGCCGUGGACUUCUGACCUCCCCACUGAUGCUCAUCUGCUUCUCUAUCUCUUCGCUGCACACCUGUCGCAUCCCAAUUGGCUGGACGAAUUCCUGCAAUCUCCCCUUCCACAGCAGCAACAACAGGUCUCCGCAGCUGCUGCUACAGUGCCAGCCACAGCUGCCAGCUUCGCCGCCCAAAAUCCCCUCGUCGUGGGCGGCUCUCUUCCCCGUGACCGCCUCUUGCCACUUUCGGCUUCUUCCUCCUCUCAGUCACCCUCCGCCCUUCUGGGCGGCAGGUUCACAGCCAUUGUGGGGUCAAUCCCACCAGCCAAUGCUAGGGUGCCACCUGGCGCAGACGUGCGGGUUUUCCCCGAAUCGUCGAGAUCAUUCUCCUGA